AAACCUGCAUCAUCCGUGUUUUUUCAAAGAGGAUUGUUAUUAACAAUUUUAUUAGUUUGAGACUGAGACGUACUUAGUUGAAAAAAGGACGGUUUCUGACGUGACUCAAAUUCUCUGUUGGAGGCAGAUCUGCUUGGAACUAGAAGAGGUUUGGGUUUGAAGUUGUUAAAUUACGCAACAACUUUUCGAAAUUCAGUUGAAUCCUGCUGCAUUUUAGUAGCUUUUGUUUAUUCGAAACACAGAAUUCUGAUUUGAAUGGAGUUACCUCAAUCCAGGCCUUUUGGAACCGAAGGGAGGAAGACGACGCAUGAUUUUCUUUCACUAUAUUCACCUAUUGAACAAGAUCCAAGACCUCCACAAGGUGGCCACCUAAAAACUCAUGAUUUCUUUCAACCUCUAGAACAAGCAAGGAAGACAGUUGGGAAAGAAGAAAAUAAAAUUGAGGUAGAGGCUAUAGAAAAGCCGCCUCCAUCAGCAGAACAUAUUCUUCCUGGUGGCAUUGGCACAUAUAGCAUUUCUUAUUCACAGCAAAGAGUUCCAAAGCCAGAAGCAAACACAUUUGCUGUCACACAAACUAGCAGUACAGAUAGAGACGAUAGAAACUCAAACUGCAGUUCUUACUCGGGAAGUGGUUUGGCACUAUGGAAUGAAUCUGCCAUGAAAAAGGGAAAGACUGGGAAGUAUAACCUCGCUGGAGAUAGACAUGUCAUAAGAGAAGCAGGUUUAAACAUUGGAGGAGGGAAACCUACGACAUCAUUAGAACGGCAAUCACAAUUGUCUUCAAAUCAUAAUCAUAACACUGCAACCUUGAGCUCACACUCAUCUCCUCAGCAACCAUCAGCUAUGGAGAAUCAGAGUUUCAUACAUAUGAUAACAUCGGCUAAGAAUGCACAGGAAGAUGACGAUGACGAAGAAGAAGAAUUUGUUGUUAAGAAAGAGUCACCUUCACCAUCCAGAGCUACUUGUAUAGGCAAUUUAUCAGUAAAAGUCGAUGGGAAAAGCAGUGAUCAGAAGCCAAAUACUCCACGCUCGAAGCACUCAGCAACAGAGCAAAGAAGAAGAAGCAAGAUCAAUGACAGAUUUCUGAAGUUGAGAGAGACCAUCCCUCACAGUGACCAGAAGAGAGAUAAAGCAUCAUUCUUGCUGGAGGUUAUUGAAUAUAUUCAAUUCCUACAAGAGAAAGUGCACAAAUAUGAGGGAUCCUAUCAAGGUUUGGAGAAUCAACCUUCAACAUUACCUUGGAAUAAGUGUCACAGUAUGGCUCAAGGUUUCAUUGAUCAUUCUCAAGGCACAAACAGUGCGUCUAGUCAUGCACUUAUUGCUGCAAAGUUUGACGAGAACAAAACUGGAAUCUCUGCUACAGGACCUGUCAAUGAACAGACACUGGAGCCAAACAGAACUUCCAGUGUGAAAGAAAGCAGUUUUUUGUCUGAAUUAACAAACAGGGCCGCAACACUUUGUAUGCAACCAAACACAUUCCCAUUUGAUGAAAAUAUUAGCAUAGCAUCGCUGCAGUCAAUAGUGGCACCUGAUACUGGCUCGUUGGAAUUGAAAUCUCAGCCUCAAUUUCCAUCAAGCAGAUCGAAUAUGACUAAUUAUGCUGUUACAAAUGACAAGCUAAAAGGGCAAGAGGUUUCUACAGAAAGUGGUACAAUCAGUGUCUCCAGUGUCUAUUCUCAAAGGUUGAUGAACACACUGAAACAAGCAUUGCAGAGUUCUGGAGUAGAUUUGUCACAAGCCAACAUGUCAGUGCAAAUUGAUCUCGCGAAAAGAGCCAAUGAUAGAUCAAAUGCUUCAACGUCCAAUUUUAAGGGUGACAACAUUUCCUCAAGAAAUCAACCAACUCCACAAUUCACUGAUACAAACACAAGAGAGGAGUCUAUCCAUGCCUUCAAACGGCUCAAAACAAGUUAAAAGCAAAUUUAACACACAAGUAUUCUUUUGCAAUUGAUUCAACUAAAAAAAUUCCUUUCCCUUCUUUGUUCUGAAGGGAUAUUCAUGUAUACAUCUGGUAUAGAAAAUCUCCCCUAAUCAGAUCAUAAGCUACUGUAAAUGUAAUUCAUUUUCUUUUCCUUUUCGAUUGUUUGGCUGCACAGAAUUCUUCUGACUAAAGUUCGGUAUUUAUUACAUGUAGUGAACUAUCAAGAAAUCAUGUAUCACUAUUGAGGCUUCCAUGCUCAUGUUGAGAAGCCGCUUUUUAAUAUAAGGCUUCCAUUUAUUUCA